UUAGUUUUUUUUUUUUUUUUUUCAUUUUUUUUGUUCUUUGAUUUUGUAGCAGAUUCUUCUUCAAACUCUCUCUCUAAAUAAUAAUACUUCCAAUUCUUCUUACCUUCCUUACUUUAGCUUGAUUUGUGUAGUUUUCUCUAAGUGUCAAAAUCUGCAACAACCCACCACAUGUUUGAUUUAUUGCUCCCAAUUUUAGUACCUUCUUUAGGAUAAGCUUAAGAUUUCCUUGUCAGAUUCCUACUAUUUUUUUUUUUUUUUUUUCAUCUAAAAUUUUCUAGAUUCUGCUCCAAUUUGAUCAAAACCCUGUCAAAUUUAUCUGGGGUUAGCUUGAAUUUGUUCAAAAUUGUGAAAAUUUCUGGGGUUUUUCCUCAUAUCUUGAUUUGGGUUGUGGUUGGUUGCUAUUAGGAUAAGCCCAAAUUCUGUUUGUUUGGUAAAGGAAAUUUGGAAUCUUUUGUUUCUGGGAUUCCUUAUUUUUAAUUUUAUUUUUGGGUUUAAAUUUGAUGAAGGAUAAGUUAGCAUCUUCUUGUAUUUUCUGCUAUUUUACCAGUUAUUUCUGGAAAAAAAAAGGUGGGUGGCUAGCUUAAUUUUCUUCUUCGUAUCCUUUAUUUAUUUUUUCAUUUUAUUCUUGUCCCUCUUUUUCUGGGCAUUUAUUCUCUUCAAAAUUUGAAUUGUUUUUUUUUUUUAAAAAAAAUUUAAUCAUCUUUCUCUCUCCUACUUUGGGAGCUGAGAUUACUAGUAGUUUACUAUACAGUGGAUGAGUUUGUUACAUGUUCUUGGUUUUGGGUUAAAAGCAGGACAUGUACUGUUACUGCUAUGUUGUUGGAUUAUCUCUGUGAUCCCCAUGAAUUGGCUGAUUAAUGGUGGUGUAAUGGACGGCAAGCCUUGUUUGCUUGGCGGCGGCGGCAGUGGUGGUGUUGGUGAUGGUAAAGUGGUGGGUGAUUGGUGGUCGAAUAUGGCGUCGAAUAGCCGUAUGAUCCACCAUUACUAUUACCAAUAUAUAGGGUCAAUGAAGUUGAGGAAAUCAUGGUGGAAGAAGCUUUUGGUUGCUUGGGUAGUAUUUUGGAUCAUAUUUUGUUUUGGGGUUUUUUGGUUCAUGAGUUCAUAUGCUGUUGAAAAAAGGAAAGAAAGUCUUGCUAGUAUGUGUGAUGAAAGGGCUAGGAUGUUACAAGAUCAAUUUAAUGUUAGUAUGAAUCAUAUUCAAGCUAUGUCCAUAUUAAUUUCCACUUUUCAUCAUGGCAAGUAUCCAUCUGCUAUUGAUCAGAAAACUUUUGCAAGAUAUACAGAAAGAACUGCUUUUGAACGACCUUUAACAAGUGGUGUGGCAUAUGCUGUGAAAGUGCUCCAUUCUGAAAGAGAACAGUUUGAGAAGCAGCAUGGCUGGACUAUUAAGAGAAUGGAUACUGUUGAGCAAGAACCUGUUCAUAAGGAUGAUUAUGCCGUGGAAAAGCUGGAGCCUUCUCCAGUUCAAGACGAAUAUGCCCCUGUGAUAUUUGCACAAGAUACCAUUUCUCAUGUUGUUUCUGUGGAUGUGCUUUCGGGGAAGGAGGAUCGUGAAAAUGUUUUGCGUGCUAGGGCAUCUGGAAAGGGAGUUCUCACUGCCCCUUUCCCAUUGCUCAAAACUGGCCGCCUUGGAGUUAUUUUGACAUUUGCAGUUUAUAAAAGAGAUCUUCCUUCCAAUGCUACCCCAGAUGAACGAAUUCAAGCUGCUGAUGGGUAUCUCGGAGGGGUCUUCGACAUAGAGUCACUGGUGGAAAAGUUACUUCAGCAGCUUGCCAGCAAGCAGACAAUCCUUGUGAAUGUCUAUGAUAUAACUAAUCUCUCGCACCCAAUCAGCAUGUAUGGUUCAGAUGUAUCUGGUGAUGAGUUGGAGCACGUCAGCCCGCUAAUAUUUGGAGAUCCUUUUAGACGGCAUGAGAUGCGCUGUAGAUUUAAACAGAAACCGCCUUGGCCGUGGUUAGCCAUUACGACUGCUGUUGGGAUACUAGUUAUUGCGUUGCUUGUUGGUCAUAUUUUUCAUGCAACUCUGAAUAGGAUUGCCAAAGUGGAGGAUGACUAUCUUAAGAUGACGGAGCUUAAAAAACGAGCUGAGACUGCUGAUGUUGCAAAGUCACAGUUUCUUGCUACCGUUUCUCAUGAGAUCAGAACCCCUAUGAAUGGUGUUUUAGGAAUGCUUCAAAUGCUUAUGGACACCGACUUGGAUGUGACUCAGCAAGAUUAUGUAAGGACAGCUCAAGCUAGUGGAAAGGCUCUUGUUUCUCUUAUCAAUGAAGUUCUUGACCAGGCAAAGAUUGAGUCUGGUAAACUUGAGCUAGAGGCGAUUACGUUUGAUCUGCGAGUAAUUCUGGAUGAUGUGUUGUCCCUCUUUUCGGGGAAAUCUCAAGAGAAAGGAAUAGAGCUUGCAGUAUAUAUCUCUGAGAAAGUACCAGAUUUGGUUAUUGGUGACCCCGGAAGGUUCCGUCAAAUUAUGACAAAUCUAAUGGGAAACUCAAUUAAAUUCACAGAGAGAGGACACAUUUUUGUGACUGUCCAUCUCGUGGAAGAGGUGAGAGAUUUUAUAGAAGUGGAAACCGAGUUAUCAUUGAGGAACUCUUUGAGUGGCUUGCCUGUUGCAGAUAGACGGAGAAGCUGGGCUGGAUUCAGAGCUUUCUGUAAAGAUAUGCCUAGUUCAUUAUCAUUGUCCUCCAACAGUCUUGUCAACCUAAUUGUCUCAGUUGAAGAUACUGGUUGUGGCAUCCCUGAUGAAGCGCAGUCUCGUAUCUUCACUCCCUUCAUGCAAGUAGGUCCUAGAAGUGGAGGCACCGGGAUAGGACUGAGUAUAAGUAAGUGCUUGGUUAGCUUGAUGAACGGGGAAAUUGGAUUUGCUAGUGUGCCCAAACUUGGUUCUACCUUUACGUUCACUGCAGUUUUUAGCAAUGCUAACUCGAGUUCAACCAAAAAACAACCGACGAAAAACAAAAAUAGUUCAGCAUCGGCUGAAUUUCAAGGCAUGACUGCAUUAAUUAUAGAUCCAAGACAAGUUCGAGUGAAGGUGGCUAGAUAUCAUAUGCUACGACUUGGUAUCAAUGUUGAAGCAGCUCCAGAUUUGAACCAAGGUUCUGUUAUUAUCAGUGCCGGAAAGCCAUGCAUUGAUAUGGUGUUUAUCGAGCUUGAAGUGUGGAACGAAUACCUCAAAGACGACUCUUUAUCGAUCAAUAAAUUGAGAAUUGUCAAGAAUGGGACAAGGCUGCCUAAAAUUUUUCUUCUAACGAAUAGUAUCAGCUCCGUAAGAGCUUCAAACUCUGGUACUAGUGAUGCUGAUACUCCUUGUAUCAUCAUGAAGCCCUUGAGGGCUAGCAUGGUUGCUGCAUCAUUGCAACGAGUAAUGGGUGUUGGGAAGAAAGGUAAUUCCCCUAAUGGAGUGUUGCCGACAUUGCCACUCCAGCAUCUUCUUCGUGGGAGAAAAAUUCUUGUAGUAGAUGACAAUGCUAUUAACCUUAAAGUGGCUGCUGGUGCCUUGAAGAAAUAUGGAGCUGAGGUGGAUUGUGUAGAUAGUGGGAAAAAAGCCAUCGAGAAGCUUUCUCCACCACAUCAUUUCGAUGCCUGCUUCAUGGACAUCCAGAUGCCAGAAAUGGAUGGAUUUGAAGCUACCAGGAAAAUCCGUGAAAAAGAGCACCACAUUAAUGAGCGUAUCCAUCGUGGUGAAGAAACUGCUGGGUCCUAUAAAAACAUUUUAAACUGGCAUGUGCCUAUCUUGGCCAUGACGGCAGAUGUUUUUCAAGCAACGCAUGAGAAAAGCCUUGAGUGUGGCAUGGAUGGAUAUGUCUCAAAACCAUUUGAAGCAGAACAACUUUAUCGUGAAGUGUCACGCUUUUUCAAUAAGAGUUCGGAGCAAUGAGUAAGCCUCUUACCUUCACAGGAAGUUCCUCAGAUGGGCAUAAGCAAAGCUUCUUGUCUGUUGGAUGCUUUGGGCUUCAUAAGUGGUCUUCUAAUUUGCAUAUAAAAAAUGAUUGAUUUCAAAAUGAGGGAUGGGAUACACACCAUACUUGAUCGGUGAUGUUUGGUUGCUCUUAGAAGCUAAAUUCCUGACUUAUUUGUAAGAUUCUUUCCGACAGGAGACAGACGUGUAGGAUAAAAUCCCCAUGUAAGUGAAGAGCCUUUCCUGAGCCUUUUUUUUCAGAGUUCAUAGCUCCUCACGAUGGGCUUUGAAAGAAUUUGCGUGACUCGAGUUUGGUGCCAUAAUCCUCAUUUGGACAGUAUUUGUUUGUAUCAUAGAUUAGCGUUUGCACAUCAACACAGCGUGUAAAGAAUGCGCCAUGUAUAGAUUACUCCAAAAAUAAGACUUAGAAAUCCUGUCAUAUAUCAUCACAUUUCCUUCACUCACUAAUUGUGAUGGGAGGGAUUAUAGUAUUAUAAUCACCAUUUGAAUGUAAAUUAUUGAACGUGUACGCUGAGUCGCUGAGUAUAGUUUGUGAGUUGUAUAUAAUCGACUUUCAGUCUUAUAAUGUGAGUAUACUCUGGUGAUUAUCUUCUUCAUGAGGUAUCAUCCGUAUCAA